GUUACACCAGCGAUGGAUUGGGAUCACGUGCCACAGACUGCGAUUGCCCCGCCACUUGCCCAUCUCUCUCUCUGCGACUGGCAUCUCCCGUCCACCAUCCAAACUGUCCCUUAACAGUGUGCCGUUCGUCAGGCUGACAUGGCUAUCAAACUCACCAGAGAGAUAUCUGAUGGGUCCCUACCGGUGCCGGUGGCCGGUGUGGUCCAUUGGUUGGAUGAUACUGUACGCAACUGUUGCAUUGUCACCAUACCCUUCCGUGGUGAUCCUCCCUCCCGCCUUUGCUACCUCUCUCCAUGCGGCUACACAAUGCGCCCAGUGGUCGAGAUGUCCUCCUAUGAAGAAUGGCCCAAGUAAGCCAUCGGAUGAUUGAACUACUGGAAAGUCAUCUACGUCAAAGGUUUGUCCUCUCUUCAACAUUUCCCUCCGUUCGUCAUUUUCCUACCUUGAGCAUUUUCUCGACACCGCUUUUUCUCGCGAAUUCAUCUACAGAGCCUCUAUUGCGAAAUGCGGGUCAUCAUCCGUGACAAGGCGCAAAGUGCAUCGAGAUAUGCGGCCAGAUACAUCAUCGACCGCAUCAAUGCAUUCGCUCCAACAGCCGAGAAACCCUUCGUCCUAGGUCUCCCGACCGGUAGCAGCCCAGAGAUCAUCUACAAAUAUCUAGUACAGGCGCACAAGGCCGGCGAAAUCUCAUUCGCAAAUGUCGUGACGUUCAACAUGGACGAGUAUGUCGGCAUAUCCGAAGACCACCCCGAAUCCUAUCACAGCUUCAUGUACAAACAUUUCUUCGCGCAUAUUGACAUCAACCCUGCCAAUGUCAACAUCCUCAACGGCAACGCUCCCGAUCUCGCUGCAGAAUGCGCCGACUACGAAUCGAGGAUAGCCAAAGCCGGUGGCAUUGACCUAUUUCUCGGCGGGAUAGGACCGGACGGACAUAUAGCAUUCAAUGAGCCUGGCUCCUCGUUGAAGUCGCGGACAAGAGUAAAGACGCUGGCAGAAGAUACAAUUCGAGCCAAUUCUCGCUUUUUUGGAGGUGAUUUGAGUCAGGUGCCGAAACAAGCCUUGACCGUAGGAGUUGGAACAGUCAUGGACGCGAGAGAGGUGCUGGUCAUUGUACUCGGCGCGAAUAAAGCCUUGGCCCUUUCCAAGACCAUCGAAGGUGGAGUGAGCCAAAUGUGGACGGCUAGCGCACUGCAGAUGCACGAGCACGCUAUGAUUGUAUGCGACGACCCGGCAACUGAUGAGAUGUUGGUGAAGACUGUCAAGUACUUCAAGAGCAUUGAAAACAUGGCCGACGAGGCAGAGACAGGCAAAGAAACUCCUCAGCAACGCCUACCGACCAAGGCAGAUAAUUGGCGAAGUGCUCUGAUGGAUCUCAAGAUCAACACCGACAAGAAAGAGCAGGUGGAUGCGGAAGACGGGGAAUUGACGCCCGACAGCAUGUCUUCGAGGUUGUUGGACUCGGCCAUCGGCAUGAAUGACAGAAAGAUGGACGAUUUUCUGUUUGACAGGAUGGGUUCAAGGGUUUCGACUUUUGCUGCUUAGGGUAGCAACCUAUUUUCCUGUCUUUUGUCUUUUGUCUGAUUACGGCUGGGGGGAACAAAAUCUUUUUCAAGAAGUAUGGCGUAGCCACUACGAAACAUAUCUCGGAUUUAAAGGACAAAUACCUUGAGGGCAACGUAUUCUAUACUAGGACGAGCGAAAACAAUCGUUGUCCUAGAAUGUGACCAUGAUUCAUUUUACACUACUCACAAGA